UAAGUAGAUAUACCACCGGAAUGUUUUAGUGACACACCAAUUGUAGGUGUUUUCAACAGAGUUGAGCGUUGACUUUUACGUGCUCUUCAUCAUCCAUCACCAGUAUCCCCAUUUUCUUCUCUCAUAACUACUCAUCCAUGUCUCAUCUUCCUUUUGUCGCCCCUCCUUCCUCUCCAAGUUCCGGAUCCCAAUGGAUCUACGACGUUUUCAUCAAUUUCAGAGGAAAAGACACUCGUGCCAAUUUCGUUUCUCACCUCUAUGCAGCACUCUCAAACACUGGAAUCAACGCUUUUCUUGACGACCACAAUCUUCAAAAGGGAAAGAAACUUAGACCAGAAUUAGUGCGAGCAAUUCAAGGCUCUCAGAUAUCCAUCGUUGUUUUCUCCCAAAACUACGUUGAUUCUAAUUGGUGUCUUGAUGAACUCGAACUAAUCAUGCAAUGCCACGCUAUGGGUCAUCAGCUUGUUAUGCCUGUAUUUUGCGGUAUUACCCCUUCGGAUAUACGUCAAUAUGCUGACAAAACUGUUGCACAACCUUCCAAUAGCCUCCCACAUGAUUUGGUAUCUCCCUUUUAUGAUUCACGAAAUAAAGCACUCACUGAUGCUUCUCAUUUGGCUGGUUGGGAUAUGAAGAAUUAUAGUAAUGAAAGCAUUGUUGUGAAGGAAAUUGUGGCCCAUGUUUUGAGAAAACUAGACAAAAGAUACUUACCUGUCCCAGAUUUUCCAGUUGGGCUAGAAUCCCGUGCGGAACAGUUGAUUCGGUUUUUAAGACAGAAUACAAGAGGAGUUUGUUUAGCAGGGAUUUGGGGAAUGGGAGGGAUUGGGAAAAGCACCAUUGCUAAAGUUGUCUACAAUAAACUCUAUUCUGAAUUUGAAGAUCAGAGCUUCCUUGCUAGUAUUAGAGAAGUUUGGGAGAGAGAUAGGGGGCGAAUCGAUUUACAAGAACAACUUCUUUCAGAUAUCCUCAAAACAAGAAAUAUAAAGGUGCAUAAUGUUGAGUGGGGAAAAGCUAUGAUCAAUGAAAGACUUUGCACGAAACAAGUGCUUGUUGUACUCGAUGAUGUGAGUACGCGUGAGCAAUUAAAUGCAUUAUGUGGAAGUCGAAAUGGGAUUGGUCCGGGAAGUAUAAUAAUCAUCACAACAAGAGAUGUGCGUCUACUUGAUUUUCUUGGAGUUGACUUUAUUUAUGAAGCGGAAGGAUUGAAUGCACGGGAGUCCCUUGAGCUUUUCAGUCGGCAUGCGUUUAGGGAGGCGAGUCCAACUGAAGGUUUCUUUAGUCUCUCAGGAGAUGUAGUUUCCUAUUGUGGUGGACUACCAUUAGCUCUUGAAGUCCUUGGAUCUUAUUUGUUCAAGAGGAGAAAACAAGACUGGAAAAGUGUAUUAUCAAAGCUAGAAAAGAUUCCCAAUGAUGAAAUACAUGAGAAACUAAAAAUAAGCUUCGAUGGUUUAGAGGAUCGCAUGGAAAAGGAUAUAUUUCUUGAUGUGUGUUGUUUCUUUAUCGAUAAGGACAAAGCUUAUGUUACAGAGAUACUAAAUGGUUGUGGACUUCAUGCUGAUAUUGGAAUAACAGUGCUGAUAGAAAGAAGCCUCAUAAAAGUUGAAAAGAAUAAUAAGCUUGGCAUGCAUUCUUUGCUACGAGACAUGGGUAGAGAAAUUGUCCGUGAAAGUUCACCUGAAGAGCCUGAGAAGCGUAGUCGAUUGUGGUGUCAUGAGGAUGUAGUUGAUGUAUUGACUGACCAUACCGGAACAAAAGCCAUUGAAGGAUUGGUUAUAAAGUUGCAAAUGACCAGUAGCCUUUGCUUCGAUACUAUUGCUUUUGAGAAAAUGAAGAGAUUGAGAUUGUUGCAACUUGAUCAUGUGCAACUCAUUGGAGAUUAUGAGUGUUUUCCGAAGCACCUGAGAUGGCUUUCUUGGCAAGGGUUUCCUUUAAAAUACACGCCAGAAAACUUUAAUCAGAAAAAUCUAGUUGCUAUGGACUUAAAACACAGUAAUCUCACCCAAGUUUGGAAGAAGCCUCAGUUGUUGCAGAAGCUAAAAAUUAUCAAUCUCAGUCAUUCUAAGUACUUAAAAAGAACCCCUGACUUUUCAAACUUGCCGAACCUAGAAAAUCUCAUUAUGAAGGAUUGUCGAAAUUUAUCCAAGGUGCACUCAUCCAUUGGAGAUCUCAAGAAUCUUCUUUUGAUAAACUUGAAGGACUGUACAAGCCUUAGCAAUCUCCCCAGAGAGAUAUAUCAACUGACAUCAGUGAAAACUCUCAUCCUUUCCGGUUGUUCAAAGAUUGACAAGUUGGAAGAAGACGUGGGGCAGAUGGAAUCCUUGACAACACUGAUUGCAAAAGAUACAUCCGUAAAAGAAGUUCCCCAUUCAAUACUACGAUUAAAAAGUAUUGGAUUUAUAUCCCUAUGUGGAUACAAAGGAUUAUCACGUGAUGUUUUUCCAUCCCUCAUUAGGUCUUGGAUGUCACCAACAAUGGAUUCCUUAACUCACGUUCCUCCUUUUGGUGGCUUGUCAAUGUCUCUUAUUUCCCUGAACUUAGAGACUAGUAAUUUGGGUUUGGUCUAUCAAUCAGAAAUACUUAGCAGCUGUUCAAAACUAAGAAGUUUUUCUGUACAAUUUGAUUCAGAGGUUCAACUGAAAGAAGAAUUCCGAAAACUUCUUGAUGAUCUAUAUGGUGCAGGUCUUACUGAACUGGGAACAUCACAUGCAUCACAAAUUUCAGAUCUUUCCUUGAGAUCUGUUUUGAUUGGAAUCGGAAGCUGCCACAUUGUCAUGGAUACUCUUGAGAAGAGCUUAUCACAGGGAUUAGCAACCGAUUCUAGUGAUUCGUUCCUUCCAAGUGACAAUUAUCCUUUUUGGUUAACGUAUAAAGGUGAAGGAUCUUCGGUACUUUUUCAAGUGCCUGGGGAUAGUGGUGGUUGUUGCAUGAAAGGAAUAACUUUGUGUGUUCUUUAUUCAUCAACACCUGAAAACUUGGGAACCGAAUGUCUCAUUAGUGUCUUGAUCAUUAAUUACACAAACUUCACUAUCCAUAUUUACAAACAAGACACCGUUAUGUCGUUUAAUGAUGAAGAUUGGCAAAGCAUGGUAUUAAAUUUAGGAGUUGGUGACAAUGUGGAGAUUGUUAUAGCUAUUGGGAAUGGAUUGAUUGUUAAGGAGACAACUGUGUAUCUAAUAUAUGAUCCUUCAAAUGGUAUUGAAAUUGAGCCAUCAAAUAUUAUGGAGGUGGACCCAUUGACCGACACAAAAAUAGAGUCAUUACAAGAAGUGGAAGUGCAACCAUCACCUAAUGCGAGAACGGGGCCAUCAGCUGAAGUGGCACUACAACCAUCACCUAAAAUAAAAAUGGAACCAUUACCGAAAACAAAUAGAAAAAUCUUUACAAAACUUGCAAAGAAAGUGGGAGAAUGUUUAUGCUUGAACCAGAAUUGAAUUCUCAACAAUUUUUUAUCGGCAAGGCAAGCCUAUUGUCCUAAUAUAGAGCUCUCUUGAGAUCUCCACAAUUCAAUUCCAUGAAUGUGCUUCUUUGAGGAACAACUUGGGAGAUGAAUUCAUAGCUAAUUCUAGUCAUUUGCGUAAUAGUUUCAGUUAUGAAAUGUAUUAUAUUUAAGCAUUAAGAAUAGAAAGUAUAUAUUGUCUUCAAGCAUCAUUGAGUCAAUGAGUAUUCCUAGUCUAAAGACAAAAGGAUUCUUAAACUCAAACAUUUAAAGAUUAAACUUCCAUUCAACCAACUAAUCAUAAAUCAUUCUAAAGUUGAUCAAGUGAUAGAAAUCAUUAAGCAAAGAGAUAAGAACACAACUUACAAAGGUUGAUUCAAAUAGUUGAAUAAUAUAGAAUGAUCGAUCAGCUUGGAUUUUACAAUAAAAUCGUGCAUAUUUCAAUACUGUUGUGCACCAAAUAUAGAAUGUGUCAGCACACUGUCUAUUGAUAAACAUGGUACUGAUGCUAUUGUUGAAGGGUGAACUGCGCUUGAAGAAAUAUGCAAUUGUUGAAGUGACAAUGUCUAAUGUGGUUUCAAAACUUACCAGUACUAUGUCACAUUGUCACUUAGUUGAAGGAUGUUUAUGAUUUUGAUAUGAUUAAAAUGCACCGCUAAGAUUGAUGCUUUUGUGUUUGUGUCAUGGCAACUAUCUAGCUGUUGUGAUCUAUAUAUGCAUGAAUGCUGAUGGAAAUGUAGCUGCAAUCAAUCUGAAAGGUGUGGCCAUAGGUGACUCCUGGAUUAUUACAUGUGUGUAUUAAUUGGAUCAUCGAGUAAAGGAAUUGAGAGUGUCUCUUGAAAUGACAACAAUUGGCAAGAAGAUAGCUGAAAAAUGUCGUGAUGUUCCGCUAGCAAUCAGAACAUUAGGAGGCCUGUUACAGGGUAAAAGUGAAGAAAGAGAAUGGAAUGAUAAUUUUGAAGUUGAUUUUUGGAAAUCAUCUGAUGAUGAAGAAAGCAUUAUGCCUGUGUUGAAAUGGAGUUACCAAAACCUGUCUCCUCAACUACGACAAUCUUUUGCUUACUGUUCUUUAUAUCCUAAAGAUUGGGAAAUAAAGGAAGAGUUGAUUCAACUAUGGAAGGCACAAGGUUAUCUCGAAUGU